AUGAAGUUGACCAGCGCGUUCCUCACCCUCGCCCUCGCGGCCUUUGCGCACGCACACCCGCACGAACAGGCCCUCCUCUCCGCCCCCGUCGCGGCCGCAGACGCGCAGGAGGCCCAGACGUGGCUCGUCAAGUACGGGAAGCAGGUCGACCUCGGGUACACGGGCCCGCUCUCGUUCUCGCACCUCGACUACCACCGCUGCCUCGAGGACGAGACCAAGGACUUCGAUAUCGCCGUGCUCGGCAUGCCGUUCGACACCGCCGUCUCGUACCGGCCGGGCGCGCGCUUUGGGCCGUUCGGCAUCCGCGCGGGGAGCCGUCGGCAGCACGGCGAGCGCGCGUGGACGCUCUCGUGGGGAAUGGACCCGUACAGGCUGGGAACCAAGGUCAUCGAUUGCGGCGAUGUCCCGCUCAGCGCGUUUGACAAUGCCUUGGCCCUGGAUCAAAUGGAGGUCGCGUACUCCACCCUGCUCGCGAGACCCGUGGCACGGACGCUUUCUCUGGACCCUCCAGAGCGCAUCUUCGCCAAAGACGGCAAGGCGCAUCCCAGGAUCGUCACCCUCGGAGGCGACCACACCAUCGUGCUGCCCAUCCUGCGCUCCUUGAACAAGGUCUACGGCCCUGUCUCGGUCAUCCACUUCGACGCGCACCUCGACACGUGGGGGUACCUCCCCAUCCCGGGGUCGUCCACCGACCAGUCCCGCAUCACGCACGGCAGCUUCUUCCACGUUGCGUGGGAGGAGGGCCUGAUGACCAACAACAGCGUCCAUGCUGGGAUCCGCUGCAAGAUGGCGGGCGGUGCAGAUAUCACGAACGAUGAAGACGUCGGCUUCAAGAUUGUCUCGACGGACGACAUUGACGACAUCGGGAUCAACGAAGUUAUCAGACGCAUCAGGGAGCGCAUCGGGGACAGCCCCGUCUACCUCAGCCUCGACAUAGACGUCAUAGAUCCCGGUCUGGCACCUGCCACCGGAACACCAGAGGCGGGCGGAUGGACCGUGCGCGAGGUCAAACGCAUCAUCCGCGGCCUUGCGGGCCUCAACUUCGUCGGCGCCGACGUCGUCGAGGUCGCCCCCGCAUACGACCACGCCGAUAUCACGGGUAUCGCUGCGGCGGACAUCAUCCACGACUUCCUCGGGACGAUGCUGUCCUCCGAGCCGCCAAAAUCGCGGGACGAGCGCGCGCCGUGGAGAGACGAGCUGUGA